AUGGAAUUCAAUUUAAAGAAGCUUUGGGAUUUAAAUAACCUCCGAAGCGACAUUAUCUUAAGCCUUUCACUGCUAACCUUCUUAACUUUUGUCGCCCCCUUGAGAAAGCGAACAGCAAAAAAUUGGAUAAUCUUGUCCCUCUGGACGGCAUACCUGAAUGCAAACUUGGUUGUGAACUAUGCUGCUGGGAUCAUCUUCCACAGCCAAUCCGACACUUCUGUUGCAGUUAAUAAUAGAGACCUUCAGGCAUUUUGGGCUACCUUUCUUCUGGUACACCUUGGUGGCCCGGAUACCAUAACUGCUUUGGCUCUUGAGGACAAUGAGAUUGGGGUCAGGUACUUGCUUGUGCUCAUAACCCAGUUUAUGGCUGCUGCUUAUGUCUUCAUUCGCACAUUUCACAUUAGUAAGCUAUGGAUGCCGACAAUGCUCGUGUUUGUGGCAGGAAUGAUCAAGUACUAUGAGCGGACACGUUCUCUGUAUCUUGCAAGCUUGGGUAAUUUACGGGAAUCCAUGCGAGGUUGUCCUGACAGUGGGGAUGAGACGGCUGACUUGCCCUUGUACACGGAAGAGAUAGUUGUUGCAGAAGGGAUUACGGUCAUGCUUAAAAAUGCCACUGCAUCUCGAGAUGGUGAUUUGACCGAGUUAGCGUUGAUGCAGCAUGCUUAUUAUUUUCUUAAUAUUAUAAAGGUGAUGAUUGUUGAUUCCUUUUUAAGCUUCACCGUGCCCAUUUAUAGCCGAGACUUCUUCCUUACAAGAAGUGCAGAAGAUGCUUUUAGAAUGAUAGAGCUUGAACUGAAUCUCAUCUAUGAGUUUCUCUACACCAAGGUGAGUGUGGUGCAUUGUAAAUCAGGCUAUACGUGCAAGUUUGUUUCCUUCAUUUCAGUUGUUGUAGCCCUUGCCCUCUUCUACUCCGUGAACAAGCAAGGAUUCCCAAGGCUUGAUGUUGGGAUUACCUAUGUCUUGCUCUUGGGUGCCAUUGCCCUAGAUUUAAUUGCUAUCACCAUGCUCGUUUUCUCUAACUGGGCCAUUAUUGCCCUCAUCAUGAUACCGCGAGCUAUGUCUGACGAUAAUUCCUUUUAUGCUAAAAUGCUUACCUUUUUACUGUCUAUCAAGAAGGCAAGGAGGAUUUCCUACUCAGCAAACCGUCGUCCCGACCGUACGCUGAGGCUAAUUCGGCGAUUCUUGUACCCCGCAGGGUGGUCCGAGUCUGUCUCGCAAUUCAACUUGAUAAAUUACUGCAUACAACACGUUCAAAAUGGAUGCAAAAACUUAUCCAUUUUUUCCGUCUUACCGGCUUUUUAG